GCAACAUUGCGCUCGUCUCCUGCAGUGGGGCAAUGUGAGUGGGGUGUGUGGUGCUGCUGGUGCACGCAAGGCACUCAUCGCUCCAAUACCAAACUUUUGCAAUGUGUCGCUCUGAAACUUCAACUUGCGAUCAACCACUGAGAAAUGAACCCUACAGUUGAGUCCCACUAGCUACUUCAAGCGCUGUUUAUUGCACCAAAAAUAACCUCUUCUGCACGAGCUCAACAUGCACGCUUUCGUACUGAGCGCUGGCUCUCAGUUGUUUCGUCAAGUGAAGAACCGUAAGCAUGUGUUGCUUAGGUUUAUCUCUUCGAAGAAUGGUGGUGUCCUUUCCAACAGUAGUGCUAUUCGUCGAGUCUGCGUGCCUCCGGUGAAAUCACUUGCGUCUGUUGUACUCUGCCGAGCUUGCUCAAACGCUCGGCGUGUAGACAGUAGUGAACUAAGGAGACUGUUGCGGCAAGCAAGACCCGAACGAUUUCGCCUCGGUGCUGCAGUCCUGUUGCUUUUUGUGUCUAGCUCCGUUAUGAUCGCUUUCCCAUUUUGCAUUGGCAAAGUGAUCGACGUGAUUUACACUUCAUCUGAUAACGCAGAACUUCGUGCCAACCUCAACUGGAUUUGCAAGCUUCUGACUGGCGUUGUCGUGAUCGGUGGUCUUGCAAAUUUUGGUCGAGUGUACCUUAUGAACAGCUCAGCCCAGCGGAUAAUCAACUCUCUCCGCAAGCAAGCUCACGCCUCGCUGAUGCAGCAGGAAGUGGCCUUUUUUGACCGAAACCGAACGGGCGAUCUCAUCACAAGACUUUCGAGCGACACUGCGCUGGUUGGGAUGUCCUUAACACAGAACAUAUCAGAUGGCCUGCGGUCUGCUGUUGCAGUGUUUGGUGGUGUGGGUAUGAUGCUGUAUACAUCGCCGCAGUUGUCACUUGUUGGUUUGAGUGUUGUGCCGCCGGUUGCCAUCAUUUCAUUCGCUUUUGCUCGUAGACUGAGGCAAGUGGCAGCGGACGUGCAGACGCGGCUCGCCGAGUCUAGCGCCACUGCCGAAGAACAGCUGUCGAACAUCAGAACUGUGCGCGCCUUUACUAAAGAAAAGUUUGAGAUGAACAGAUACUCUGUAGGGCUUACUAGGUUGCUGGACAAAGUCAAUACUGAAACAAGGUUGCGGGCAGUCUUUUUUGGCUGCACUGGUGCCACCGGAAACAUGAUUGUAUUAGCUGUCCUCUAUUACGGGGGAAUUCUCAUGUCUGAUGGCAGACUUACUGUGGGAAGUCUAUCUUCGUUUUUGCUGUAUGCAGCUUAUGUCGGUGUUUCCAUUGGCGGCCUUGGAGGCUUCUUCACUGAAGCAACCAAGGCAUUAGGUGCUUCAAAAAAGGUAUGGGAAAUUGCGGAUCGUGUUCCGACCCUACCAAAUUUUGGUGGACUCGCUCUGUCCAACCUCCAAGGGCAAGUAGAGUUUCACAAUGUUACAUUUGCCUACCCCUCCAGACCAGAGAUUGAGGUUUUGAAGAAACUCAACCUCUCAGUGCCUGCCGGAUCUGUUUUGGCCAUUGUUGGCCCUAGUGGGCAGGGAAAAUCUACACUGGCAUCCUUACUCCUCCGGCUUUAUGACCCUACUUCAGGUACUGUCACACUGGAUGGAAUCGAUAUUAGGGAACUGGACCCCCACUUUCUCAGAAUGCAUGUUGGAAUUGUAAGCCAAGAACCAACACUUUUUGCUACCUCCAUUUUCGAGAACAUUCUUUAUGGUGCAAAGAAUAUGGAGGAAAGCUCAAAAGAAGAUGUGAUCAGGGCUGCAAGUGAGGCCAACGCACUCGAAUUUAUAGAAGACCUUCCUGAUGGAUUUAAUACAAUGGUAGGCGAACGAGGAAUCUUGUUGUCAGGAGGUCAAAAGCAGCGUAUCGCUAUUGCUCGAGCUAUUUUACGGGACCCGUGUGUGUUGAUUCUGGAUGAAGCAACUAGCUCGUUGGAUGCUGUUAGUGAGCGAGCAGUGCAAGAGGCCUUGAAAAAGCUAAUGGUUGGCCGCACUGUGCUCACUAUUGCUCACAGGCUUUCUACAAUUCGCAGGGCAGAUAAAAUUGCUGUGCUGAAGGCAGGUACUGUUGUUGAGCAUGGAACUUAUGAGCAGUUGAUGGGCAUUGCUGAUGGGCUCUUUCGCAGGCUUGUGGAACAUCAGUUACAUGAUGAGAGAAUGUCUGGGUGAAUGUUAAAAUCAGUGUUUCUCAGUUCCUGUGAUAUUAUUGUAGUGAAGUGCAAAAAUACAACACUGAAUUCUGGCUGCUGGGCAGGUGUUAUUUAAUGUUCACAUGCAUGCACCAGUGCUUUUAGUUCUUUGUUGUUAUCUUGUUAUCAUUAGUUAGUCAGUGUAUCAUGUGCACAAUUCAAGAUUAUAAUAAAUAAGCUGAACGUUUAGAAGAGAGUUCAGUUGAAUCAGGUCAUAUUUACACUACCAUAAGAAACUCUGUACCUAGCUAUGCUGUAGCAGUGCAAUAAAACUAUUUUGUAUGCUGGA